AUGACAAUUAGAGAAACAUUGAAAAGAUUUUCUUUUAGAAGAUCCAGUAAACUUGAAACUGUUAAUUCUGAUGGCACCAACGAUAUUUUAGCUAGUAACAAGAAAAAAAAUGGGAUUGGUACUGGUAAGACUUUAAAGAAAACAUUUAAACCACAUUUAUCUUCAAGUUCUAUUGCAUCAGACUCAAAUAUUACAAACCCUUCAAUUCCACCAGCAAAAAUUAAAGUCAAUUCCAAUACUGAUACAAGGUUCCAUCCAUCAGAUUCAAAUGUUAAAAGCCCUUUAAUUUCACCAGCAGGUUUAUCAUCAAAGAGUUAUGGUUUUCAAGAACCAUAUAGAGUCAAUUCCAAUGCUGAUACAAGGUUCCAUCCAUCAGAUUCAAAUGUUAAAAGCCCUUUAAUUUCACCAGCAGGUUUAUCAUCAAAGAGUUAUGGUUUUAAAGAGCCAUAUAGAGUCAAUUCCAAUGCUGAUACCAGGUUCCAUCCAUCAGAUUCAAAUGUUAAAAGCCCUUUAAUUUCACCAGCAGGUUUAUCAUCAAAGAGUUAUGGUUUUGAAGAACCAUAUAGAGUCAAUUCCAAUGCUGAUACCAAUAAGAACUUUUUAUCUAGAUUCAAAUUUAUAAAGAAAUUGUUUAACAAAAAAGAAGAUACCACAAUAGCAAAUUCAGGUUCAACAACUGAAGACAAUGAAACAAUUGACACACCAACUGAGCUUUCAGCUCAAUUAAUAAUGGAAGAUUUAAAACUGAUAAAUGAACAAUCAUACGUCAAUAACAACUUAGGUAAUUAUUCCAUGGACCACUUGACACAAAAUUCCAACAACAAAGAUUUGACCACGAGAGCAAAAGAAGUGUCAAUGUCCCAAAACCAAAAAGAUGACCAAGAUAAUAUUAUAGUUAAAGAUGAAUAUCGAAUGGAUUUAAUAGUUUAUGUCUCUUCAAAACAACCACGUGAAUAUAGAAUAGUCAAAGAAGCCUUCUACAAUGACUUUCACAUUAUCCAAAAGAAUGUUGAACCUGGUCUUAAUAUAAGCAACCAAAGAAGGGAUGAAAUUGCGGAUAAUAUAUCUGAUGUUUUGGUGAAUCGUAUAGAAUUUGAUGCCAAAACGGAUCAAUUGACAGUCAAAACGUGGUUAUUCGAUUUUAUUAUCGCUUACUUGAAGGAUGCUACUUGCCCAUCCUGA